UGUGAACUCCUUCCGUGGUCACAUGACUACAUGAACGACUGUUUCGGUUCUCAGAGAUGUAGACGAGCUGAGUGCAGCGGUUUCUCGGGUAUUUUUAGGGCUGUCGGACUGUUUGUUGACUUAUUUCUCCUCGGCUGCGUCUGUGGAUGAAGUUUUCCAACAUGGAGGCUGAGAAGAAGCUGCUGCUGGCCGGGCUGUGCUUCCUGCUGUCCGCCGCCUCUCCCGGUGCUUCCUCCAACCUGAUCAACCCUCUGGUGUUUGAGGAGCAGCUGCUGUGGGUCAGCGGAUCUCAGGGCAACGUCAACACCUACAGGAUCCCACUGAUCACCUUCACCCCCAAAGGAAGCCUGCUGGCCUUCUCCGAAGCCAGGAAGUCAUCGUCAAGGGACUACGGAGCAAAGUUCUUCGCUAUGAGGCGAUCCACAGACAAAGGAGCCACCUGGUCCCCGACCGUCUUCCUCCUGGACGACGACAAGGCGCCGGACGGCAGCACCUUGGGCUCGGUGGUGGUGGACGAGGAGACGGGCUCGGUGAUUCUGAUCUACAGUAUCUGCUUCCACCUUUACCAAUGCGGAACGUCCAGCAUCAUGAUGACAGAGAGUCGGGACGACGGCCUCAGCUGGAGCCCACCCAGAAACCUCUCGGUCCAGCUCGGGGUCAAGAACUUCGCUCCUGGGCCGGGCACUGGCCUCCAGAAGCGCUACAAUCCAGCAAAGGGACGGCUGGUGGUUUGUGGUCACGGCACGCUGGAGGGCGACGGAGUUUUCUGCAUCCUGAGCGACGACCACGGACGUAACUGGUACAACGGUGCAGCGCUGAAAAGCAUCCCGUACAACCAGAAGAAGAAACCGCUGGACUUCAACCCUGAUGAAUGCCAGCCGUUUGAGAUGCCGGACGGCAGCAUUGUGAUCAACGUGAGGAACCAGAACAACUACCACUGUCGGUGUCGUGUUGUGAUACGUAGCCAUGACGGGGGAAAGUCUCUGCCCAUAGACGAUCUGUACUUUGACACCACGCUGGUGGAUCCUGUCGUGGCUGCUGGAGCUAUGCAGAAAGGAGGAGUGCUCUACUUCACCAAUCCAGCCAAUGACGAACACAGAAUCAACCUCACCUUACGAUGGUCGCUGACAAACGGAACUUCAUGGGAGGAGAAUGCGAUCCAGAUUUGGGCGGGGCCAAGCGGCUACUCGUCCAUGACUACACUAGACAGCGGCUCUGUAGAUGACCAGAAGUUUAUCUAUCUCAUCUACGAAAAAGGCCACAAGGACUAUGACGAGACCAUCUCAUUCGUCAAAAUCCACCUGUAUGGUGGCCAGUAGAGGACAAGUGAGGAGGUAAGAGGAAGGAGCUUCAGUGUGAAAAGUGCUCAGAGUUGAAUUAUUUUGUGGGAGCACCGCUACUCUUUUGAUUUCAUCUUUUGAUUGCGAAUCAGGUUUAAAACCUAAAGGGGAAAUAGGAAGAAGUGGUUUCCUCCAAAGACUUUCUCAGGAAAAAAAAGAGACUUUUUGAACUCAAUUCAUGAUAUUCAAGAACAAGGAAAAAGGAGGCGCUGCACCAUGAAUGUCCCGCAGUUUGACCUGUGAUGAAGCUUUCUAAAGUGAAGUUUUUCUGAUUUUAUCUUUCGGUUCACAGCAGAUAAGUUUUUUCGAAAUUUAGUAUUCUUGGUCAAAGGUGGAAACAAACCAAGCAUGUUAUACUAAAGAAAAUAAAUAUUAAUAUAUUAUUAUUGUUUUAAGGAUCAUGUCCUGUCACAUGACUGUUAUCUGUUUUAAAAUUAAAGGUUAUAAACAUGAGUGAUAUCUUUAGGGUAUCAUAAAAUUAAAAAAAAUUAUUAAGGCACAUUAAUUAGCACCUCCAGCAUAGAUUCACUCAUCAACCAUUAUUUAAACUGAAGUGGACCCACUGUAAAAUCAGGUGUGGGUCUGUGCUUUUAAUUAUAAUGAGGAUUGUUUUUGCCUUCAUGUAUUCAUGCCAACUGAAGUCAUUUCUGCCUUUAAAGACAACAGAAAUUGUAAAAAAAAAUAAAAAUGUUAAUGGCCAUUUUUAUGAUGAUGUACUUGAAUAUCUUGUUGGGUUUGAGUGCUUUUAGGAAAACGGCGGUAAUAAUUAUCUUAAUUGUGUGUGCUGAUUGAUUGAAUGUGAAGCGAGUGAAGAGGCUUUUGACUUGUGUAGAAUAUAUCUUAGUAUUUUCCAGUCAGCGUGCAGCGGGAUCUCUGCUGUCUGUGGAAUAAGUAAAUGAUUCCUAACUGCUUUUACUCGUUGUGUCUCUUUGCCAGAUGCUUCAGGCAAAGAAAUCUCACCAUUCUUCUGCACUGUAACUGAUUUUUCUUUAUUUCCUUUUAAAACACACGGUUUAUACCUUCAUUGUCUGUUCACGUGAUGGGAGAGAACAUUCUUUUAUGUCUGUGAUAACAAAAUAAGGCAAAGUCUUGGAAAGGAUCUUCAUAUAUGUACUAACCUGUUUUUAGUGCGUCUUUUCCUCGCACGUUCGUCAUAUAACAUCAUUAAUACAAUUUUAGUUUUAAACUUCUUUCAAAAUCCAGAAAAUCAGUGCUGAUCGUUCCAGAAAGUAGCUGUUUUACACCUGAGAACAUGAAAAAAGGGAAUAUUGCAGAUUUUACACUUUGUCUUCCAUUCAUAUCUGUUGUGCAAAUCAACAAAUAAAGAAGCUGCACCAUA